AUGCAAAGCCUAUCUCCAUCUGAUAUUUCUAGGAGAGUCUCUGGAGUUUCGGAGUUUUUAACUCCAUCAUCAAUUCUCACUCCCAAUGGAAUACCUGCCGCUGGAAACAACACACAGACACAUUAUAUUAGACGCAUUGGCUCCUUCAGAAACUCAGUUAGAAAUCUUUUACUUCCUAUAAUUCGUUGGGAAACACCGAUUUUAGGUAAACUGCAGGCUCGCGUUAGAUCUCCUUUUCUUGAUGUUUAUUUUACUCAAACUGCAAAUCUUGGUUCACAUACUUUUUAUGUCCUUCUCCUUCCUAUAUCCUUUUGGUUUGGGUUUUCAGAUUUUGGCAGCGUUUUAGUUUUUAUACUAGCUGCUGGUGUCUAUAUGACUAACUUUCUUAAAGAUUUUUGCUGUCUUCCAAGACCACUCUCUCCUCCCUUACAUAGGCUAACAAUGUCUAAAGAUGCGGCGUUAGAGUAUGGAUUUCCUUCAACACAUACAGCUAAUGCAAUUUCAGUAUCUUUAUUUUUCAUGGAUACCAUUAACAGCUCGAAGCCUAAUUUAAACCCCUUCUUUUAUUAUUUCCUUCACUUUCUUAACUGCAUUUAUAUUUUUUCUCUUGUUGCAGGAAGAAUUUACUGUGGAAUGCAUGGCUUUUUAGAUCUCUUUGGUGGUGCUUUAAUUGGUUCUAUUGUGUAUUUCUGGGGAGCCCCAAUUUUUUCUCGCAUUCUUUUUUACAUUACAUGGUCUAACACUUACUGGGCUUUAGCUGUUAUUCCAAUUGUCCUAAUUCUUAUAAGGAUACAACCAGAACCAGCAGAUGAUUGUCCAUGCUUUGAAGACUCCGUUGCCUUUUUAGGUGUAUUAAUGGGCCAAUAUCUUGGUGAAUGGCAACUUCGGUAUCAAUGUUACAGAGUUGAUAAUCUACUUCAAACAACAGAUAGAGCUUCGCUAGGUGCUAUUGACAAGAUUUACUUAAAGGCCAGAGAAAAGUAUAUACUUGAAUGGGGAACUCUUAAACAAGAAAAACUUACUCCUGGAACCAUGUUACUUCGAUUCAUCUUGGGUAGCCUUUUGAUUGGAGUCUGGAAAGUUUACUCGAAAAAAAUUUUUCAUAUAAUACUUCCACCUCUUUGGCGUAGAAUUGAGAAAUUUGGGCUUAGUAUGCCACGUCGUUUUUAUGUUCCUGCUUCACAGUAUGACGAUGUUCCAAGUGAUAAAAUUCCUGAUAACACUGUUCGUAUAUUUCCUAUUCUUGUGGAACCCGAUAGCUCUGACAAUGAUUCCGAAUGUGAAAAUUCUAAAUCUUCGUCAGUUGAAAAUAGCAAUAUAUUGAAAUUUAAAAGUAAGAAUUUCAAAAAUGAAACAGUGGGCCCUCAGUCUACUGCUGAAGUAUAUGAGGCACUUGCAUAUCGUGAACAACAGCUUAACCAGAAUAUGAUUGAAAAUAAAACUAGCUUAAAAAAUUCUAAAAUACCACCAAGUCUUAAUCAAGAAAAAAUUCCAAAGGAAAUGGUCCCUGAAAUAAUUGUUCCCCGAGUGCAUUACGAUGUCGAGGUUAUUACAAAACUUUUGGUUUAUGCUGGUAUCUCGGCUAUAGCUCUUUAUUUUGAUAGAAUAUUGUUUUCUGUGCUGAAUAUAUAA